AUGGAGAAGGAGUAACGCAGCGGUGUUAAUGUGAGGCUGCAGGUAUGCACCGUAAAGGAAAGCACGCUGGGCGCUGACAGGCAGAGACACAAGAUCCAGAGAACUUUUCUACAGCCACUGGUACGACACACCGGACGCCAUGUUUCCUUUGAGAAUGGUCAUCGUGGGUUUUCUCUACUGCAGCAUCAAAAUCUGUGUCACGCAUUCGCACACUAAAACCCUGUUUCCAGCCGCCAGCAGAACAGAAAGAGGGGCUGCCAACAUGGUGAACCCCACUUUCUCCAACUCCAUCGAGGAUGUCAAUCUAUUAUUUGAGAUCUUAAUGACCGGCAUAAACUUUGAGGCCAACGGAGAGUUUUCAGUGAGAGACGCUGAGCUGGCUUCUCUCCGCAAAACACAAAACCUGGAGGUCAUCUGUGAGGAGAUCAUUCCCAGGAGGCUAACAGACAUUUUUAGGCUCGUCUCUGGCCUUUCAGAUCACACUGGUCCCCUUCAACAGGAUGAUUUCGAGCGCACUUUGCUGACCUUGGUGUACAUCACCCAGCAGAUGGUCAAUUCCACCUCUGAACGGCAACGAGACGUCUGGGCAGAGUCUUUUGUCAGCUUGUACAAAGCCAUCAAGCAGGAUCUGAUGGGAACAAAGUGAACAGACACAGGUACUGCCACACAAUGGCUCU